ACUAAACAUGGAAGGUAAUAGCAUGCAAGAAGAAAAGAUAUUAACUCUUGACACUCAUAAUUCAAGUGACUUGAUUCACGAAACAAAGGAGAGCAUGAAGGUUGUCUUGGAGCAGGCUAGUAGCCCUCAGCAGUUUAUCAUCUACUUCUUAACAAAGUUAUUUGGAACCUCAGAUUUUCGAGUCGAAAUGAUGACACUCACCCACAACGGAGAAUCUCUGAAAAGUGUCUGUGCGAAGGCAUUGGGCGGAAACGAUGUUGCCUGGAGAUGUGAAGACUGUGAACUAGACCCCACCGCCAUCAUCUGAGUCGAAUGAUUCGAGAAAUCCAACCACGAAGGUCAUCGAGUCACUUUAAAAAGAGGCAUCGGUGGAUGCUGCGAUUGAGGAGACCCAGCUGGAAUCAAAGAGGAAGGCUUCUGCACAGACCAUAAAGGAUACAAGGAGUUUACAGAUGAAGAAGCCCUAGGACACCUCACUGAAGGGGUCAGGAAAAAUAUCUUAGUUGUAUUUAAAGCCUUUGGACAGCUACUACAUUCACUUAUGUUAGAAGCUGAAGACUCUCCAGAGCAAUCUGAAGGACUUUCAGUGAAGGCCAAAAUAUUAAUUUGCUAUAGCGUUGUGGACCAAGUCUUGCAAAUAUCUCCUAUUUUUAUUCACUUCUUUACCCAUAUGUUUGCACAAAUCCACCCAUUGAUCGGAACGACGAAGCACGAAUGUUUCCCCACAUGAUAUAUUGAUGAAGCCCACAAAGCCCAGCUAGAAGCAGAAGAAAACGAAGUUAGCACCAUGAUGGAUGAUGACUCUGAGAGUCACCCAUGUAGAUGAAUCCUCCUCUCUUUAAUCUGGAAAAAUAGCAAAAACGAUGCAGAGAAACUGAUGGCAGACAACAUCAGUUUCACGAUGUUCCAGAGCUUCAGGUUUAAGAUCCUGGCAGGAUAUGCUUACAUCUAUAACAUUGAGAGAUAUUUAGAAGCCCAUUCAGAGGGUUCAGAUAGCAGAUUUGCGCACCUAUCAGUGCAGAUCCUGACAGUCCCUCAAUUGUCGCUGGAUAUUCUGAAACAAAACUCCUUGAGAGAAAGAAUAUGGAAUUGUUUCAAAAAGUACUCAAAGAUCGACUCAAACAGCCCUUCCCAUUACAGACGCUGAAUCUACAGUAUUCAUUAUGAUUUCAAGUACAUGAUGAAGAAGGAGCCAAUUGAUUACCUUCUGCAGACAAAUUUUCUGGACCAAUACAUUGAAUUCUGUAAGGAUCUUUGCCUCAGAGAUGCUGUGGAAAACCCGACCUCUCAUAUUCUGUACCAAUCAGAUGGAUACUUUGUCAAUUCCAUUGAUUACCAGUACCAGAUAAAUAAGACAUGAUUGAUGAUCUUCAAUGAGAUCAACUAUGCUGACCUAAAGUUCAACAAGUAUGUGGCAAAGCUCUUCCAGCAAAACAUUGCUCACUUGGAGAGUAAAUUUAAUGAAAACCUUUCGAAGGGAUUCAUCGAAGAUCCUCUACUAAAAUGUUUCUCACUAUGGCUUUCCAACUAUAUGCUGACCAACCUGACUAUUGAAGAGAGUAAACGAGAAGACCAGAAGUUUGACAACAUGAAAGAUACCUACACUACCACCUCUAAGAUCCUGGGGGAGGUAUUCGCAGACAUUGAACAUACUGACCUUAACCACAUGAUUUCGAUCGUAGCUAAGGUCGCCUCGAGAUGUAUCGGCUUCAGUGACGAGAUCAGAGCCCAGAAAUGGAUCUACCUAGGUUUAGAAGUAUCAAUCAUUCCACAAUGUUAUGCAGAACGAUUCAGGUACCUCUUCUACGACAUUGACUUCUUCCUGAUCCAGGCCUUAUUCAUCCUGACUGAAAACCCAAAGCAGUUAUUUAGAGACUUUUUGGAAGGAUAUUCAGUCGAUUCUACUCUCAAUAAUGCAUUCACAAAUAUGCUAUUUGCUGGAGAUGAGACAUCCUUUGAAUUCGGGAAUCAAUCAGAUAAGGAGGUUUCAUGCAUUAAGAACUUUCUAUACUUCAUUAACCAAUUAAUGACAGAUGAUAGGUCGGUCCUGUAUAAGUGGAUGGAUCAGCAGCAUUUCAUUGAGUACCCUCACAAGAAUAUCAUCAAAGCAGCUACAGAAAAAUACAUGGAUAAAAUAUCUUCAAAUGAAGCUAUCCACGCAUUGGUCAGGCACAGUGGCACCAAUAUCAAGAAUAUUCUUUCAAAAUCUGAGAAGCAUCUGUUUGAAUUUAAGAACUACGAGGAGCAUAUUGUAAAAUUCGCCAGGAUGAACAAGAACAGAGAGGGGAUCAGCAUUUUCAGCUUGGACCCUAAAUACAUUUCCCAUUACAAUCCAUUCUUCUUCAACGACAUAAAUUCGUACAUUGAAGGAAUCAAAAAUUACGAUGAGUACUAUAAGUCUAAAGUAAAGGACUCUGAUGAGGAAAAACAGGCCAAGUAUAACCCACUUAAGAUAGGCAACUCAGGAAUGGGUUUCUACCUCGCCAUGCUGAGAGAGGCUGUCAUGAGAACCGACAUCGUCAAGAUCCUCCUCUUCAUGCUUGAGAACCGUAAGGUCCAAAGCUUCAUUGAUAACGAAGUUGAGGAGUUCGUUGCUCAUAUCUUGACAAUCCUGAUAGACUACGCCAUCGAACAAGAGCACAACUAUGCGGAUGAGCUUACUCUUCAUGACUUCCACACAACACUAGAGGCGAAAAAGAGUCUCUUCGAAUCACUCGAGAAAGAGCCUCAUUUCAAGCAACUAGAAAAAUCCUACAAAACACUCAUGAAAACCCAAACUGAAGAUAAAGACGAAGAAGAGAAAGAAGGGGAAUCCCAGAAGAAAAAGAAAAUUGAUAAAAAGAAAAGAGCAGAAAUGAUGAGGAAGAAAGCCCUUGACAAGAUCAACAAGAAAAGGAACAAGAUCGUCAAGGACAUUAGCAUGAGCUCAGAAACUGCCUCAAACUGUGAUACUUCCUCUGUAAUGAGUGAGCAGGAGUCUUCAGCCCCUCAGUGUCAGAAGUGAUUCGAACCUCUUACAUCAGAGGAUUUCAAUGAUAACCCAUAUGGAUACCUCUGAUCUAUCGUAACUACUCAGCUUUAUGCUGAUUCUUCAAAACAGACAUUCUCAAAGCAGAAAGAGAGGCACCUCUCUUUCUAUGACUCACUUGGAUUCUCGGAUAACAUAAAUAAGCUGCAAUUUGACCCUGGAUACCUGAAGCAGAGAACAUUCCUGAAUGAGGAUAGCUCAGGAGUGGUCAUUAACAAAUGCCAGCAUAUGAUUCACUAUGACUGCUUGAAAACAUUUAAGUCCAAGAACUUCGAGACUAGAGCUUCGUUUAUGACCAACGAUGAUCUUGAUAUAAAUAACUUCCAGUGUCCACUCUGUAAGAUGCACUCAAACUGCAUCUUGCCUCCAGCCGAAGAAAUUAUGAAAAUUGAGCCUGAAGAGCUCAGUGAAAUUACUGAAGAUGAUCCUGAGAAAAAUUUGUUGAACAUCUAUCUAGACCUGGUAAAUAUAAUGAAUCAUAAGAUUAUGGGAGAACUGAAGCCACCUCCAAGCUCAAUUUUGCCAUGCGAUUUAGCUAAGGCAAAUAAUACAAUUGUGAAUAUUUCCAGAGAAUACGUGAACCAUUGUAUUCAACUUACUGAUGUCAAAGGCAUCAGUUGGGCUCUGAACGAAACCCCAAAGCUCAAAAGUAUCCUUAAAAUGGUAGAAUCUUUGAUCAGGUUCGAUACAGACGAAGAUGCUCAGGUAGAUUUAGCCAUGCCAGGCUGUUUCAACGAGAACUUCCUCAAGAUAGACCUCUCAGAUCUUGUUACCUAUCUUGCCAUCACUGAGUACUAUGAUAUCACUAAGAGGGAGCUUGAGUUUGACUUUGAAAACUUCCAGGAGCUCAUGAAGAUAGGGUACGCGCUAGUGCUCCUCCAAAUCUCAGCUAGGCUUAUGUUCGAGAAGCAAGGCUUUAAGAUCGAAAACUUCCAUAAAGAAAUUACUUUCGAAAACCUCACCCAAUUAGUCGAAACUAUGAAUGCAGGACUUGAGGUUGGAGGCCAACCAAUCGAGACGAGCACAAAGUACAUCGAAGGGUCAUUGUCUUACCUCAGAAAGAUGGCUAUUCUUGUCCAUAUUUUAACAGACAGAACUCGAGAGUUUAAAAAGGAGAUCAAGAACUUGUCCAACCCAGCAUCAACAUGUGAGCCUGAUGUUGAGCUGUCGACUCUCCUGAAUAUCCUUGGAUUUGAUAUCCAAGAUCUUUCCAAUAAUUUCGCCUUUAUUGACAUCGUCAAAGAAGUGCAGAGCAUUGAAGCCCCAAAGCACCAAUUCUGUGAGAAUCUUCUCGAAUAUUUCAACCAAAAAUGUGAGCUUACCAAAGAAGACUCCUCCAGCAAAGAGAAAGAUGUAGAAAUGCAGGAUGAAGAAGAGAAAAUUGACCCAGAAAAUGACAAAAAUGAGCCAGAAAUCAAGAUCCCAGACGAUAUAAUUCCUACGAAUCUUUACUUGCUUACUCCAGACUACUACUUUACUUUGCUACCUCUGGACCCUACUCUUGAGCAGUUGACAAAGAAGUACUAUAAGAAGGAAUGCUCUCUUUGCCAGAAGUUGACUAGGAGAGGAGCUAUCUGCCUCAUUUGAGGAGAAUACCUAUGCAUAGCUAGCUGUGAUAAGCAUUCAGGCAUCCCAUCAGCACUGGGUAACCUGACCAAGCAUUCCAGAAGCUGUGGAGGAGGCACUUCUUCAUUCAUUUGCCCCAUCGAAGGUCAAAUUAUACAGAUCUAUAGAGGCUUAGUGGUUGAAACUAAAAGCCCAUACACAGAUAAGUAUGGAGAAUGCUAUGAUGAAAAGGUAAAAAGACACGAAGUCUUUAAACUUCAGGCUUCCCAUUAUAACGAGGUGCGUGCGAAAUUCCUCGAGUUUGACAUACCGAACACAGUUAUCACCAAGAGAGCUAACAAACAAAGAGUUUAUUUACAGAACGUGCUCUAA